AUGAAAAUGACGUGGAUUAUGUUUAUAGUGUUUCCUCUGAUAAAUUCAUAAUAUGUAUUAUUUUAAAACAAUUUAAAGAUAGAAGGCUAAAAGGCUUGCUAUGAAAUUGAUAUUAAUUACAACAAAUAGACCAAAAUACCAUUAAUUUAUCAAUUUGGAUGGAGUGAAGAGUUAAUCCUUAAUACACCUAAAGGAAAUAGACCGGAACCAUAAAUAAUUAUGAAUUAAGAUUACAUUGAACAACAUUUGAAAACCUUUCAUAAUGGAGCUUCUCUAAUAAUUGUUACAGCAAUUCUAGAUCAUUAUGGUAGAGAUUACAUAGGAACAAAAAAUGGAUUAUUUGUUGUACCAAAAUCUUAAAUGGAUAUAUUAUUGUAAGCAGCAAAUGGUAGUCUUUCAGUAAUAGAAAAAAAUCUAGGAAUUCCAUAAGGAAGAUGGUUGUUUAAACGUCUUAGUAGGAUUGAUAUUCUAAAUCCAUAAAAAUUCAAUUUGAGAAUUCCAAGUGGUAAUGAAGCUGGAGUAAAUCAUUUAUGGAAACCUGGUGGAUUACUACCUAACGGAAUGAAAGAAGCCAUCAUAGAUAUGGUACCAAAAAAUGAAUACUAAGAAGUGUAGUUGAAUCUUUCUUGA